GGCGACAAGACGAAGGAGGCCUACUGAGUUGAAUAUUUACGAUCUCACAGCAACUUCGAUUCACAUCAAAUGCAGCAACAAAUCCAACAAACAUUAAUCUUUUCCAAAGCCCGCAAAACGGAAGUUGAGUUGGGAGCAAUGGAGUGUUAGCUGAAGUGAAUAUUGAAGACGUGAUAGAAGAUGGACGACUACUGCUAUGCUAAGAUGGCGACGUCUGGUAAAAGAGAACAUGAAAGAGAAUCAACUUCCAGCAAAUCACCAACGGAGAUAAAGACGAAAACUGAAGACGAGGACGUCCAGCAGCUGAUUGGUCAUCCAGGAAAACAUCUUCCUCAGUCAGGGGGGAGCUCCACUUUGAAGCAGGAGACUCCACAGCCACCCCACAUUAAAAAGGAAGAGGAGGAACUCUGGAUCACUCAGGAGGGAGAGUGUCUUCUAGGACGAGAGGAGGCUGAUCUCACCAAGUUGCCACUGACUGUUGUCUCUGUGAAGACUGAAGAUGAUGAAGAGAAACCACAACUAGACAACCUCUUAGCUCCAUUCUCAGAUAUUGAGGUUGAAGAACCUUUGAGCAGCGAUACCAACUGUAAAGACGUCCAGCAGCUGAUUGGUCAUUCAGAAGAACUUCCCUUUCAAUUCGGGGAGAGCUCCACUUUGAAGCAGGACACGCCACAGCCAACCCACUUUGAAAAGGAAGAGGAGGAACUCUGGAUCACUCAGGAGGGAGAGUGUCUUCUCGGACCGCAGGAAGCUGAUCUCACCAAGUUGCCACUGACUGUUGUCUCUGUGAAGACUGAAGAUGAUGAAGAGAAACCACAAGCAAACAACUUCUUAGCUCCACUAUCAGAUAAUGAGACUGAAGACGAGGUUGAAGUAACUAUGAGCAGCGAUACAGACUGUGAAGGUGAUGUGAGGACUCACACUGACACCAAACACUCUAAAAAGAAGAGCGGUACAAAGCCUUUGAGCUGCUCAGUUUGUUCUAAAAUCUUUACUCGAAAGCGAGGUUUGUCUCAACACAUGAGAACACACACCGGAGAAAAAACAUUUGAUUGUUCGGUUUGUGGUAAAAACUUUAGUCAAAAAAACAAUUUGACUCAACACAUGAGAACGCACACAGGAGAAAAACCAUGUAUUUGUUCAGUUUGUGGCAAAAGCUUUUCCCAAAAUGGCAAUUUGACUCAACACAUGAGAACACACACUGGAGAAAAACCAUGUAUUUGUUCCGUUUGUGGCAAAAGCUUUUCUCAAAAUGGCAAUUUGACUCAACACAUGAGAACACACACUGGAGACAAACCAUUUAGUUGUUCAGUUUGCGGUAAAAGCUUUUCCCGAAAAGCCAGUUGGACUCAUCACGUAAGAACACACACAGGAGAAAAACCAUUCAAUUGUUCAGUUUGCGGUAAAAGCUUUUCUCGUAAAGGCAAUUGGACGUUACACAUGAGAACACACACGGGUGAAAUAACAUUUAAUUGUUCUGUUUGUAGUAAAAGCUUUUUUUAUAGAAGCAAUUUGACAAAGCACAUGAGGACACACACAGGAGAGAAAACAUUUAGUUGUUCAGUUUGUGGUAGAAGCUUUUAUCAUAAUAGCAAUUUGACUCUACACAUGAGAACUCACACAGGAGAAAAAACGUUUAAUUGUCCUGUUUGUGAUAAAAGCUUUUUUCUAAAAGGCAACGUGACCCAACACAUGAGAACACACACAGGGGAAAAAAUAUUUAAUUGUUCAGUUUGUGGUAAAAACUUUUCAUAUAAGAGCAGUUUGACUCUGCACAUGAGAACACACACGGGUGAAAAACCAUAUAGUUGUUCAGUCUGUGGUAAAAACUUUUCCCAAAAGGUACGUUUGACUCAACACAUGAGAGCGCACACUGGAGAAAAACCAUUUAGUUGUUCAGUCUGUGGUAAAGGAUUCUGUCAUAAUGCACACGCAGUAAGACACAUAAAAACACACACGGGAGAAUAACCGAUCAGCUGUUUGGUUUGUGGUAUGUUGCUCAUAUGUGGCGACAUCCACCCAAACUUAGGACUUCUUUAAAAAAAAGUUCACUGCUUCUUUUACAAAUCUCAGAGUUCGUCAUACAAAUCGGUAUUACCCGCUGUAUACUCUUUCUCCUCAUGACCCCAUGUCGUCUGUUUAUCUGAAACUUUCCUGAAUAUUAAGAUAGAUGAUUCUUGGUUUCUCCUUCUUCAGACGAGACAGACCUGGGGCCUCAUGUACCAACAAUAGCGUGGCUUUCCUACUAAAUAUUGACGUACGAUGAAAUCCAGGAAACGGUGUACGCAAAUAAAAACUCAGAUGUAUUAAGGUGUUUGCACGCACAAAUCCAAGCUAAUUUCUUUGUUACAUCACAAUCAACUUAGAAUCUGACGCGGACCACGCCUCCUUAUACAUAUGCAAAUCACAUAGAAGAUAGCCUAGCUCAGCACGGUCUGACCAAUCAAAAGUCAGUAGGAGGCACUUCUUGUUUUUGUGCUUGAUUGUGUUUUGUUGUAAUGACACGUUUUAUGUUUUUCUGGAGUUGAAAACGAGACGCUGCAUCUCGAGGGGCUCUCCUGAGUAAAUAGAAUUUUGCUAAUUAUACGGCCUUUUCCGACAAAAGUUCAGGAAGUUUCCUCUAGGUCCUGGAACUCUCGGUUCUUGUAAAAAUGUAACACACUUAAUUUCACAGUUCAGGAUAGUUUUUACAAAUUAGGUUAAGUGG